AUGGCCUCGAACGAUAAUGAAUAUUUCCAGGAGAAUGUUGAAGAAAUUAAAGUUAAAUUGAAUCAGGGAAAUAACGAAGAUGUCUGUGAUAAUAAUGACGAUUUAGAUGAUUUGCUAGAUAGUGCUUUAGGUGAUUUUGACAAGUAUUCAAAGGACUCUGUAAACAGCCCAUCUCACAGUAACAACAACAAUGAGAAAAACCAUGAAGGCUCUUCAAACUCAAUUGGUAAACCAUCCUCUGCAACUGACAAGACUCAAGAAACAACAUUUGAUAAAAUCUAUGAGGAGAUGUUCAAACAGUUUCAAGAUGCUAGCAACCAGUCUGGGGCAAGUGCCAACAAAACAGAAUUUUCUAAUUUUGACCCAUCCCUAUGUGGCGACAUAGCAGCGACACUACAAAAAGCUCUAGGAAGCCUAAAUCAAAAUCUUAGUGAUUUACAGAAUGAGAACAUGAGUGAGUCAGACAUGUUGGACCUCCUAUCAAAGAUGAGUAAUGCAGGCCUCGAUGACAGUGACAUUUCACCAACCUCACCGUUAAACAACAACAGUAACAAUGCCGAUGACAUUUUUCCUUUGAUGCAAAAUAUGAUGAAGAAUUUACUGUCUAAAGAGUUACUAUACCCUUCUCUCAAAACCAUAUCUCUCCAGUACCCAUCAUGGCUGACAUCAAAUGAAAACAAAAUAUCAGCAGACGAGUACAAACAAUACAAAGAACAAUAUAGAUUAAUGUCUGAAAUUGUCUUUGAAUAUGAAGCAGAACAAAAUGGCGACAGUGAGGCAGUGAAAAAUGUCAGGAUGAAUAAAAUCCUGGACCUCAUGCAGCAGAUGCAAGCUCUUGGUAACCCACCUAAGGAGAUACCCAAAGACUUCGAUUAUGAUGAGUUUGGUUUGCCUAAAAUCCCAGGUUUGUUGCCCGAUCCCAACCAGUGUACUGUCUCCUGA